AUGGAUGGGACUCGGGAAGCAAAGAAAGGAGGAGGGAGAGGGAGACAGGCUUUCUUUGCUAAAGGGAGUGUGCAUCAAGACUGGCACCGGGACUGGCAGCUCUUCAAACCAGCAGCAAUCAGCCCAGAGCCCGGCCCAGCAGGGAGGCCAGCUGGCCAGUCCCUGGGGUUCCUCAUGGAUUACUGGUCCCUGGGGAGGUACUUAACCUGCCUCUUGGCUACAUCGCAGCCAGAGGAAGCGAAGGCCACUGUGACCCCUGACUCACCAUCCCACCCAGCUUUCAGGAAGUGGGUGGUGGUCCUCAUCUUGCCACAUUCACCUGAGACAGGGAUGGCUCACCUGGGAGGCAUGAGGCUGAAAACGAGGCCAUUUCCGGGUCUGGAUGUGAAUGCCUCAUGCAGGCCGCUCAGCAGGGAAGUGGCCCCACCUGCCCCAGUGGACCACAGAGCUUGA